UUCAGCCAAUCAGAAUAAAGAAGUUAUUUAAAUGUAAAUAUGACAACUCUAUAACAAAUUACUACUUGCUAUAUGUCCCGGUGCGAUUUUGGAUUAGAACAGCCUUUUAUUUGUGUUCACUACUUUUAAGCCUGUAGAAAUGGAUAGAAUUUGCGCCAAAUACCACUGAUUGACUGAUUUAUGAUUAAAUUAGCAAUUUAAUCAAGUCAUAAAAAUGGCAGAGAGUCGUCUUGGGUACAUGCUACUGCUUGAAAAUGAUCAUUCAAAUGAUUAUGAAUCAGUUCGCGUUGAGUUGCAUCACUCAGAGCUUAUUGUGCGACGCGAUGCUAGCCGUCGUGGUGGAAAUAGAACUGUGAAAAACGGUACUUCACAUAGCCUCAUUGGUAAAGAUGCAUUGGAAAAGGAAAGAACUGUUGUCUUAAAACGUGAAAGCAGUGGUCUUGGGAUAAGCGUAAAAGGUGGUUCAGAGAAUAAAAUUCCAGUACUGAUAUCGAAAAUAUAUAAGGGUCAAGCAGCGGACAAAACUGGAAAACUGAAGAUUGGUGACAUCAUUCUAAAGGUUGAUGGAAAAGACAUGCGUAACGGUACACACGAUGAUGUUGUUGAAGCUCUAAAGAAUGGUAGAGACUAUGUUACUUUAGUGGUACGACAUUUGAAAGCAGUAACACCAUAUUUACGACAAGCAACAUCAGUAGGGAGCGAUGAGCCACAAGAACCUAGUGAGAUGGAAUCAUCUGAUAAGUCUCCAGAAACAUCUUCAGCUCGAUCAUCGUCUUCAAUAAACGAAACUCAAGUCGAAGAAAUUAAUGUUCCACUAGAUAUGGCCUCAUUGUCGCAGUAUAAGACUGGUGAAGAUACCUUAAGAGAUGGUUUCGAAGUGAUUUCAAAGGAUGAAAAAGUUUCUGUGACUCUGUAUAGUAAUCAACCUGAAGAUCUUUCUGUUUGGUACAAAGCUGUAAAGAACAACAUAAUCAUAUCUCUGAGACAAACGAUAAGGUCGCUGAACUCCAAUCUUCCUGAUGAAGAGAAGAUAGUGUUUAUGAAUUGGGUUUGGGAACGGUGUCAAAAAAGGGGACAAAGGCAAACAUGGUCAAGAAAACUACUCGUUCUUAAAGGAAAUGACAUUUUGUUGUUUGAUCGUUUUCCAAAUUCGAUGCGUGAUUGGUUGGCACCUUAUUUCUCAUAUUAUCUCAUCGAAAUUGAGCACAAUGUUUGUAAACCAGAUGACUUGUUGGACAAACGACGAAAUUGCUUUAGAAUUGAGACUGUACAGAAAAGAAAACAUUAUUUAAGUGUUGACAUGCGUGCAGAUCUUUUGGACUGGACAACCAAGAUAACUAAAUCUGUACAGUUGGCUGUUUUAUCUGUAAAGGAAAAAAUCUACCAUGGUUCGUGGAGUGGGACACAAGUUUGGUUACACUUAGAUAUAGAAGAUGGAUUAAAAUUAUACACGGGAAACGACAAGACAUUAAUAUGGAGCUACAAAUUCUCACAACUUCGAAGCUCCUCUGAUGAUGGUAAUGAUAAACUAACGUUGAAAUUACAGCAACAGGAUGGAGACUUGCAAGAAAUUGUGAUCAAGUUUACUAAUAUACGCGAAGUAAUGUUGGCUCUGUUGGCUUUUUACUCGGCAAAAUUAGUCGAUAUGGAUCCCACGUUUAUAAAGAAUUUAUAGAAUUUUAAAAUAGAAUUUUUAACUAGACGUCACGAAGGGCUACGUAAGAUUUUCUACUUAGAGUUCUACGUAAAAAUUUAUGUAAGAUUUCUACCCAAAGUUUCUGCUAAGAUUCUUCCUAAGAAUUUUCAAUCUUAAAGUCGAGCGUAGUAUUUCCACGACAGAACCUAGAAUAUUGAAACAGAUGAUUAUAAAGUGAAGUAUAAAUUGGAGUUUGAACGUUUUAGGCUGAACAAAUUGAGCUGGCCUUUUUCUUAGCACUUAAUGCAAUCCAGAUUUUUAAUAUAUUAUUAUCAUUAGUAUAAAAAACGAUUAAUUAAUAUCUGUUGAUAAUUCAUUGUCAUUUCUGAUAGUUACUCCUUAACUUAAAGAAGUAGUUGUUGGACAGAAUGUCUCUCAUUUACGAUAUUAUUGUAAAUUUGUCAUAAUUUGCGCAAAAAUCAAUAUCCUUCGAUGAUAAA